GAACUGAUGAUUGUACCUGGAGAGGUUGAUAACACCUUAGCCCGUAGAUGUGCUCCAAUGGUAUGUAAUGUAACUUUAUCUAUGGGGGAAAUUAAUGUGAAUUUAACCUCCUGAACUAGUGGGGCCAGCAGCAGGUCGUGUUAAAUGUCAGUGCCUCCUGUCUCCUCCUCACCACCCAAUCACUGAACAGCUUUGAGUUUCUUGUUACUUCAAGAACUGUUGCUAUGGAGCUCAUAUCUCAACACUUCACACAAGGUUAGCAGAACCAUCAGAUGCCUCAAGUGGAUGAACAUUAUUAGACUAUAUAUUAUUAUUUAAACAUUUUUCUUGUGUGAAGCAAUGCAGGUUCAGUCAGUUCCUCUCGGCUCCGUUACCAUCGGACCGCAGUCUUGGAGCGAUGGCACGAUUCGAUCCAUCCGGCGGGCGGAGCGCCUGGUGCGGCAGACCCGAGCAGGGCGGUCCGGGACCAGCAGCCGUCCUCGGACCUCUUGCGGCUCUGCAGGUUUGACUCCAGCGCGCACAGACGGCACAGCGGAAAAGGCUGAGGAUAAGAUUUCAAGCAAAGAAGAGUGUCCUGAUUGCAUCUGCAGAAAUAAGAUGUCUAGACCCCAAACUACUGGAUCGAUGUUCCCCAGUGGCUCCCAGAGGACAUUUGUGGCCCCGUUCCCUCCUACCAGCUUGCGUGAGCAGUGUGCCGGGGCCAGCAUCGCGGUGGCCGGUGAUUACAUGCGGACGGUGCGGGAAGUGGAGGGUCUGCUGCGAAGGCAAGCCAGCAGGGUGAGGGACGAGGGCAUCAAGUUGGAGAGGGAGAAAGUUCACCUGGAGAGGAUGCUGCGGAGCCUCAAAACCCAUCUGAACAUCAACAGGAGGAGCUCUGAGGGGAGGACCAGGAGGCCGUCUUCUGCGGAGACAGAGAGAGAUGGUGCUGAUUACUUGUUGCUGUGUGAGAGACGAGAGCUGGCCCAGUUGAAACAGGAUCUGGAGGGAGUGCUCAGAAACACACUGACCCAGCUACAGGCCCUGGGUCAGAGCAGCAGACAGCUGUUGGUUUGUGCCUGUGAGAGGGCUCGUGUCCUGGAGCUGCUGCCUCUCAGCGGCUCUGCUGGAAGACACCACAGCUCUGCAGAGACCUUCACCAAAACAGACCCCGUCAGCCCCUUUACACCAGAAUGCCAACAGGUUUUAGAGGAGUCCACUCUGACAGUCAACCAGUCACAGCUGCUGAGAGAAAACAUCAGACAGAUGCUCACCAGCGCCAUCCACAGGCAGAAAGCUGCACACUCGACCGUCAAUGAUGGUCUGGUGAAGAAAAUUGCAGAGACAAUCAGUUUGCAGCAAAACCUGACUUUGAUGUCUGCAGCCACCAGGCAGGCCAUAUUUCGUAAGCAGAGAGAAAUAAACUGUGUGCGUCACAGCCACGGCAGACUGCAGGGUCCAGAGUACAGCGGUGACGUACUGUCCAGAGAGAAACUCAACCGGCCUCUGGUGCAGGUUUAUCAGAGACACCCGGGGACACAGUUACCUGAGGCCGCUAAUCUCAUACAGGGCAGUGCAGUGCUGAGGCGAUGUCUCACCUCCUCAGAGGGGGAGCAGGCGAGGCUGCAGCGCGCCUUUCUGCAGCUGCUGAACGACCAACACGGCAAGAGAGCAGCGGCUCAGGUAGACGCAGCCGUCGUCCGCAUGAGGCAGCAGCAGGUGGACAAGCGGGCCAUGCCGACUUUUCUCCACCAGGGGGCGUGCUGAAGCCAGAUUACCUCAUCUUGUGCUCAUUAGAGCUGCAGAGAGCAUGCAUGUAGAGAACGAUGACAGUGUUAGGGUGUGUAGUUAGAAGAACAGAGCAGCAGUGUGUAAGAUGUAGCGUAAUGAAACGUGAUUAAAGCUGCAUGAUGAGGCCAGACGAAUCUAUGGACACCCCUGCUCACAUGCUCUAGUGGCUGUAUUUCAAAGAAUCAAACAAGUUUUCAUAAUACGACGCCACAUCAGAACAACAUUUAUCCCUUGAAAGUGUACACAAUGGAGCCUGUUCAGACCAUUCUUGAUGUGAUAUUGUUCACAAAGUCCAAACGUGCAUCACUUCAAGGCUCUUUAGUUCCAACAAAUGUGAAUGCUUCAAACUUUGUGACAACUAUUUCGGGCUCUUUCCUGAUUCAACUAUCCCUUUGCAUUUAGUCUGUAUACAGAAAUGCUUUAAAAAGUUUGCUGUGGAAAAACUUAAGCGGCCCAUCUAAAACCUUUGAAAUGAACCAUUAAAGCAGACUGUGAUUUAGACUUCAUAACCCACAUCAGUGUUGGACAUCCUUCAUUCUCUGAGUGUGUCCAACCACCACAUUUAGUUCCAAUUCCAGUGUCCAUUUAUUAAUUGCUAAGAAGUUCAUGUUUGCACUGAGAUGCACACAUCUCCUCUUAUUGUUCCGUUGUGCACUAACUGUGGCAACCCUGACCAUGACAGAUGAAGCCUCGAUGAAAAGAUAAAAGCUGUGUGUUGUGUAUAAAACUAAAUGCAACACACUUCUGUUCAAGUGUCACACUAGACAGCACAGAGGGAUUCGGAGGAUUUGCUUAGGCAAUAAUAGAGCAAAGUAUCAAAAAAUCACUCGUAAUGGUCUGUAUUAUAUGUGACUCAUGUUAUCUUAAUAAACUAUUUAACCAACA